AUGCAAAUUCAAAGACUGAGAACUAACACGAGAAAACGAGGUUGCAGCAGUAACAGGAAUGUUGGAGGUAGAGUUUGGUGUUCUUCUGGAAAGUCUGCGACAGUUCGCAUUGAGUCUCAAACACAAGAUGUCGUUGACAGACGUUACAAAUUGGAAGCGAGGCUCCAUGCCAGAGCUGACUGCUCUUUGCCAAUGAAAGAUUCGUCUGCAGAUGCAGCCCUUUCAGAUAGCGUGCUACUUGGGAGACUGGUAUUUAUUGGUAUCGUUGUGGGAGCUGUUUUUGGCGGCAUUCUGCUCUCAUCCGUCUGUUGUACUGUCAUCUACUGCCUGUGUUUGAGAAACAAAAACAGACAGGAUACCACAGCAUAUAUAAGUGUGCCCAUGCAGCCCACAGCACCUCCUGAAACGCUACGACUGCAAGCGAUGCAUCAUUGUGAUCACCAAUCACCACCGAUUUCCAAUCCAACCUAUCAACAGCCAAAAGGGUCUAUCAUCCCAAUUAAAUUUGUUCCGGCACAAGUCAAACAGAAAGUGUGAAAUCCAACUUUAAAACGGGGGCCGACAUUAUGCUAUUAGCGUGAAUCUUUUCAAAACGGUUGCCAAAUCGGCAAACAAAAUUAGACUAACACAACAUUGGUGAUACUCGUUUUAAUUAAAUGAACACUGACUGUUUCAACAAAAUUAUAUGCAUGUAUAUUAAUUUGUCAACAAAGAAAUAGAGCUGAAUAAAUGUUAUAAUGGAAUACAAGUAGGCUUAAUAGAAAAAAGUCACCUUCUACGGGUGGACCCAGGAUUUUUUUGGUUUUUUGGGGUUUUUUUUGUUUGGGAGUUUUUGGGGAGGGGCAAGUAGAAGUGAUAUACAAGAGCAUUUUUAUUUUGUUUGGAGGUUUUUUAACGACACCACAGGAGCACAUUGAUUUAUUAAUCAUUGGCUAUUGGAUGUCAAACAUAUGGUCAUUCUGGCACAGUCAUAGAGAGGA